UAUUCCACAUUUAAAAAAAAAAGUAUUUUACUUUGCAGAAGAGUUGUUUAGCCUCAACACUCAUACCUCCCUCGAUGUUAUCUUCCGUGUAGUAGUAAACAGGAAGGAGGGUUUGGAGUAACGCAUGCCACAAGGCAUUCACUCAAAAUGUGGAAGAAUGAUGAUCAAGAUGUCAGGUUCCUCUGCCAAAAGAGGGACAAACUCGUGUCUUGGGCUUCUGAAGGAAACCCACUGUCAUCAUGGUGACGCUCCAGUGUUUUUUUGUUUUUUUUGUUUGGACAGACCCGGACUCAACGACCUUUUACUCACGGCCAUAUUUGCUUUUGGAAGCUGUGGCGGAUACUCGGGGAAGAACAUUGUAUCUCUCUUCUGCGACGAUGGCAGGGACGAGACUCUCGAUGCCAACUUUCACUACCCGUUCAGGUUGAGCCAGGUCCCGCUCAUCGAGGGGAACGCCACUGUUUGUAACCGCUCUGUCCCGACGACAUACAUGGUGGGAGACGCUGCCUCCUCAGCGGAGUUCUUUGUGGGCAUCGCCGUCGUCUGCUUUCUGUACAGCAUGGUCGCUCUGCUGGUGUAUUUAGGAUACAUGCACGUCUACAAGGACUCCGACUUUGGACCCAUUUUCGACUUCGUGAUCACAGCGGUCCUGGUCUUCCUGUGGCUGGUGUGUUCGUCCGCCUGGGCGAAGGGCCUGCAGAACGUGAAGGACGCCACGGACACGGGAGGCAUCGGUGCCACGCUGGCACUGUGCCAGGGGAGCAACAUCACCUGCGAGGUCACAGAGUUCGCCAGCAUGAGGACCCUCAACAUCUCUGUGGUGUUUGGCUUCCUCAACAUGUUUGUGUGGGCGGGCAACGCCUGGUUUGUGUAUAAGGAGACCCGUUGGCACUCCCAGAAACUCUCCUCUCAGCUCGCCCCUGGAAGGCAACAGGUUCCUGCACCCAUCUAACCCACAAUAUAGAGCAACACAACCCACAGUUACACACACACACACACACACACAUACCACACAUAGAGCGGUCACAAACAGACACACGAUUUGAGCACACGCACACUGUAUGCGUGCACAUGUAUGACCACAUGUGCAGACGGCAUCACACGCACACAGACGCACAAACAAAGCUUUGAGAAGGUGACGAAGGGAGACUAAAUGAAGGAUAUUUUUGAUGGAUUGGAAAACUGAUGGAUUUGUAUUGUAUUGUAUCUUUUCAACACUCGAGCAGCUGUCAAGGUACACAGAGCCACAUUUGCGUUUUUAUAACCCAACAUGUCGUAUCAUUUCUUGCACAUUCAUGUUUUACUUGAACUGAGAACAGUUCGAAAACCAAUGUCCAUUUCCCGAAGGAUUUCCUCUGCAGCAGUAGGAGGCUGGGGAGGAAAAACCGGUUUGCCUUUGUAACUUUUUGAACAUUUCUUACCCCAUUUCAUAUACUAUUGCAACACCAAUGCAAUAGUACAAUUAAACAUGUUUAUGUCGAGAUGGUUUCUUAUGCUUUAGUAAGCAAGAUACAUGCACAGACAAGGACCAAAUUUCAUAGGAAGAUAACGGCUGGACAACGACUGAAUUUAAUUAUGCUUCAUCGUGCACUGAUGAGUGUUAAGUUACAAGAUUUAAUUUGUUUAACAUCUGCUGCAAUACGGAUAAUGUGAUCAAGGUUUUCAGGGUAACAGAGAACAAGAGACAGUUGUCUGGUGCAAUAUCAAGCAUAAUACUAUUACAACAUCAGAAAAUGACAUUCAUUGUAUCUGGAAAAUGACCCCCUCAAAUAUUCAUUCAUUCUUUCAUCCAUAGGCUCUCUCACAGUCGGCUCAUUUGCCCUCCAGUGGUGGCGAGCAGGUAUUACAUUUCUGGACAAAGCUAAAUUUAGGAUAACACAUUUACAAAUUAAAGUACUUUUUUCAGGAAGCACACGUUAAAGUCAUUAUCCGUCACGGAUUUUCUUCAUUAAGGGAAGUCAAUGCGGACGAGGAGACCGGUUAGAUAUAUAAUCAACCCUACGCCCACCAACCCAAAUAGCAGGAGAGUAGUUCACAUAUGGGGCUCUUAUCGCCACAUGCACAGUGCAAUCGUAUGGCACUUCCUGUGGUGUUAUGGUGUACCAUGAGAGUGUAAAUCCAUAAAGAAAAGUUGAUUGGAAGUUGGCUACUUAAUUAGUUCAGUAAAAUGUUGCAGCAUGAGUCAGCCAAAGUGUGUAAUCCUUAAACUCCUCUGUGUCCAAAGACUUUGAUUUGAAAAGUCUCAACUCCGGUACCAGAUGAAGGUUAAAUCUUUCCUUUCAUAGUGUCAAAAAAGAUCAAUUGUUAUCACUUUUACUUUUUCAUUUUCACUUUCUAUGCAAACAGGAACAGCUCUGCCAAAGUUAUCGUUUUUUUUACUCCUGUUAAACUUAUUCCAUAUCUCCAUAUGACGUUAAAUCUGUUGUUGUCAAAACAGUUUUGUUGAUUGUCUAGUUUUUUAUAAAUCAUUAUUGAGACACCUGGUGUUGUGUUUUAUGAACUUUAAUGCCACUUUUAUGUCUUUUUUCUUCUUUCAUUUUCACUAUACGUAGAUGAUUAUUUCAAGGAAUUUCUGAUUUUUCUUUUAUAUCUCGUGCCUUUUGAUGUCAUAAAAAUGUAAGUGGGAUGAUGAUAAAUUCAUAUAACUCUGCUGCGAGACAAAGUGUGUGUGGUGUACUGGUUAUGCUUCUGCACGCUUGUAAUCAUCAUCGAACUCUAGCUUUGUCAAUGAUUCCUACGCAUUUAACCUGCCAAGCUGUCUUCUUCAAGAGAGACACACAUUCACUCUGUGACAUGCACAAUUUCAAUGUACCUUUUGUUCUUUUUUUUCAAUAAAAAUGAAUGAUUUUUUUUCUUCA